ACAAAUAUUCUACUUGCUAAAAAUGAAGCUAAGUAAAAUCUUAUCUUGAACAAAUAUACAAAACGAAGAACAAAAUCUUUCAACCACCAAACCAAUUUUACCCUCCAAAAAUAUGGAUACCUUAUCAAGCUCCAUCCCAAACUUGCAAGUCCCUAAACCAUUCAAUCCCAAUCACCACCUAAAACCCCCUCUUCUCCCCCACCACCACCACCAACGCCACCCAUCCUCCACCACAAAGACCACCGCCACAUCAUCAAUCUCCACACUCCCACAAAAAGACAACUUUACCCCUAUCAUCUCCUCUUACAAUCCCCAAAGGACCCCUUCCCCUUCCAAGACCUCUACCUUAUCAUCACUGAAAGUAACACCCCCACGCGCCUCCAUCCACCGCCGUGCAGCAAGUGGAUACGCCGCUGCGCUUUUGAACAUAUCUCAGAACAACGGCACCGUUUUAAGGGUUGAAAAGGACGUGAGGAGGCUGUUAAUGGCGGUGUUUCGGAACAACAAUGGGAAAGUGAGUGAAUUUAUGAGGGAUGAGUGGGUAGAGGAGAGGGAAAAGGGAGAGGUGGUGAUAGAAUUAUUGGAAAGGGGGAAAUUUGAGGGGCAUUUGGUUGGAUUAGUGAAGAUGUUGGUUAAUAAAGGCCAAAGUGUUGAGUUGGUAAAAGAAGUUCUUGAAGAGUUUAUAAGGGUUUUUCAUCAACUUAUUGGUGGUAGUGUUGCUCAUGCUCCAACUCCAACUACUAGGUUGUUUAUGUCUUAAGUAGAUUCAAUAAUUAAUCAUUAAGGAAUUUUCGAACAUUUGGACUUGUUUGAUCAUCAAUUGUUUUGUUAAUCAAUUUUAACGUACGUUGUUGUUUUUUAUAAUCCGUACAUGUACUACUUAUAUGAUAUAUUUUUUUUCAUGUCCAAAAAACGAAAUGAUAUUCAUGAUGUGGUUUGAGGUUUUGAUUA